AUGGAUACUCCCAUAUCAACGCCAUCGACAAAGGACUUCCAGGUGGCUGGCGUCUCGCGCAGCGGACGUGUGCGCAAAAAGUCAUCGAAACUGUUGGACUUCGAGUCGCCCGAGGAGAUUGAGAAGCGCACGAAACGCCCGGGCAGGCAACCAGCACGCUAUCCCGGCCGUGGACGGCCGCCCAAUGCGGUGCGCGAACGUGAACAGGAAAUGAUCAUUGCCUAUGCCGAGGAGGAAGACAAUGACGACGACGAUGACAUUGAUGAUGACGACGACGAUGACGAUGAUGACAUACCAUUGGGGGGCAACACAAAUCUGCGUGGUACGCUCUUGAAUUCCGACGAUGAAGUGGACAACCUGGUGCAGGAUUUAGUCGAUGGCGUCGAAGCGGAGGCCAGCAGCUAUACAAACGAUUCGCGGGUGCGUCAAUCGCUCUAUAUGCGCGAAAAGUCCACCAAACGCAAGAUCCUCAAAGAUGGCAAGCUGGUGACUGGAACAAAGCAGCGCAAAGACAAAGGCAAGGCACGAUACACCGCUUACAGUUUGUGGGCGCGUGAUGUGCGCAAACGCGACUUUCCCGAUCUCGAUUUUGCGAGUGCUGCGCGACGUCUCAGCGAACUGUGGGCCAAUGUGUCCAACAAGGAGAAGAACGCCUGGCGACGCAAGGCCAAACUCCAGGCGACAAAAGCCCGCACACGAGAGAAGAAUGCGCUUAACAACACAACGACAUCGUCAGCUGCGAUGGCCAGCAAUGGCAACACAUCAACAGCUGCUGCUGUCCAAGACUCCACGACGUUUGUGAAUCGCGCGACAACGAGUCGCACCAAGAAACUGGCCGCUCAGAUGGCAAACACAAGCACCGCAACAACAACAAACACAGCGAUGCCCACAUCUUGGGCGCAGAGCAGACAAAAGCGUAGCAUUAACACAAACACAAGUCGCAUCAAAUCGAUACCCCCGGCAACGAGUGCAAUGAAUAGCUCAGCUGCCUCGGCUGCUGGUCUAUUGGAAUCACCAGCUGAGAUCGGUGGCAAGCAACAGCAGCAGCAACAGUCGAGCAUUGAAGCUAUUGAUGCGGCAGCGCAUCUCAAACUGCUGGGCGAGAGUUUGACAGUGAUUGGCGAACGGUUGAAAGAGCACAACGGACAUGUUGCCCUCUCGGGCAGCUUGUCGGUGCUGCUGGACAGCUUACUGUGCUCCAUGGGACCGCUUUUGUGCAUGACAACGCAAAUACCCGGUCUCGAGAAUAAAAAGCAGCUGAGCACAAAUUUGGCAACGACGCUCGACAAUAUUGCCUAUGUAAUGCCGGGUCUCUAAGGUGAUUGUGAAACUGUAACAAGUGCAUCACAGGUGGACAUACAUAUAAUAAAUACACUUAAUAUACAU